AUGGUGAGAUGGAUUCUUCCCCACAGGCGCCAGAAGGAAUCAGUCUAUGCAUUCCUUGCCAGUAAAAUUCCUUGUUUAGCCCUUGUUGUUCUGCUCUUCUAUUUUGUCCACUUGGGCAAGCCCGAGGCCGGCACCACCAUCGUCAUUCAUGCCGAUGGCAAGUCCAGUCACGUCACCUGCAUUCCUGGUGCUGCCCCAUCUCCAGGCCCAUCCUCCCUGCCUGUAUCUCAGAGCGCUCUGCCUCCUACACAGGGGACCAACUACAGCUCCUCCACCCCGGGGCUCCCAACUCCUACGGAGACGACUAUGAGCUCAACGUUGGUCCACGAAGUUGAAAUUGAAGAUGAAGAAUGA